UCAGUUUAACCUGUAUGUUUGUGAAAGAUUGAGAAUAGAACAUAGCUUCACCAGCCCAUACCACCCAUAAACCAAUGGCUUGGCUGAAAACGCUAAUAAAUCCAUAAAAAGAGCAUUGCAGAAGAUGGUUGAUGACAACGGGAGUAAUUGGGAUGAAUUACUUGACCCCAUUUUGUUUUCUUUGUGGACUAAAGUACACACAACAACAAAAAUUUCACCCUUUCGACUAAUGUUUUGUGCUGACCCACUGUUUCCAGAAGAGGUCUCAGAGAAUUACAUGAUCCCAGAUCUGAAUACAUUCAGGGAAGAUUUCUGCAAACAGUACAGCAUCAAUAUGAAAUCGAGACAUGACGCUGACAUUGCACUGGCCCUAAGUAACAUUUCUAAAGCACAAGAAAAACAACAAAAACAUUAUGCUAAAAGAAAGAAUUCUAAAUAUAGGGAAAUAACAUUUGAUGUUGGGGACUCUGUUCUGUUACUGAAUGCUAGAAAGAGAACAAGAAAAGGAAGAGUACUGGAACCAUACAGUACUGGACCAUACAAAAUUACAACCGUUGAGGGUAAGAGAGUGAAAUUAGAAACCAUCUCAGGGAAACAGUUAGGAACCAUGUACAGUAUCGCACACUUAAAACCAUUCAAAGAGCCACCAACAUUAGCUGCUGAAAGCACAUCAGAGGGAAAAAUCGGAACUGAAAUUCCAGUUGGUGACACUGAACCAGAAACACCCACAGAAGAGAUUAGAAAAGUGGAUGGUACUGUAUCUCACGACAGCACAUUAAAAAACAUAGAGGUCACAGCAAUGGAAGAAGAGGAGGAUAUAGGGCAAGAUGUUUCAAAGAAUGAUACAAGUGAUGCUGAUGACUUUUUUGAUGACAUGCUUAUGGAGGAGGUGGAAAACAAGCAAUGGAUUCUGAAAGGUACAAGCCAUCUCAUCAGUAGUUUCUACUGUCAUUCUGUCAGGCAGAGCUCCACAAAUGAAAGUGAAGAUAGCCUCGAUGGGGAAAAAGAAAAGAAUUGUUAAUAAUUGACCCCUUGUGUGAUGAGAUGAGAUAUGAAAGAACAUGCCUGAGGAAUUGGAGAAACUUCAUCAAACGAUUAACUAGCAAAUCCUCAUCUGAUUGGAAGAGUAAAAUUGUUCAGCAUCUCAGACAAAGUGAUGGCCACAACUGCAGACCACUCAUGUUAAAGGUAUUGAAUAACAAAUUGCCAUUAUUAUUUGUUAUAUAUGAGUAAUUAUCCAGGGUGAAAAUAAAUGCCAGAGAUUACCAGUGGGCACUGCA